AUGGGGAGGAUGAGGGAACUGCAAUGUUUACUCUUUAUAGCAAAGCUUGCUAGAGCUCACAUUGCUCUUAAGAAAUUCAAUAAAGAUCAUUUUAACCAGCAUUUGCAGCAGAUUCAACAUUGUAAUCAGCUUAGCAGUUUGAAGAAUCGAGUGGAUGAGCUGGACAAGGAGACGUUUACGUACAAGUAUACCAUGAUUGAUCUGAAGGAGAAGUUUGAAUCUAUUAUUUACGAAGUCAAGUUUGAGCCAACACCAGAAGGCGGGAGCAAGAACGAGAUGACGAGCACGUAUUACAUAGAGGGCGAUGUUGAGCUCAAAGAAGAGGACAUUAAGGCGGGCAAAGAGAGAGCCUUGGGAAUGUACAAGUCGUCUCCACGCCUAGGAGGAGGAGGAGGAGGAGGAGAUCUAAGCCCGCGGGGUGGCGGUGGUGGAGGAGGCCUGUUAGCCGGGGGAGGUGGUGGAGGAGGCCUAUUAACCGGUGGCGGUGGCGGUGGUGGAGGAGGCCUGUUAGCCGGGGGAGGUGGUGGAGGAGGCCUAUUAACCAGUGGAGGUGGAGGUGGUGGAGGAGGCCUAUUAACCGGUGGCGGUGGCAGUGGUGGAGGAGGUCUGUUAGCCGGGGGAGGUGGUGGAGGAGGCCUAUUAACCGGUGGCGGUGGCGAUGGCGAUCUAGGGGGUGGAGGUGUCGGAGGAGGUGGUGGAGGAGAUCUUGAGGGUGGUGGAGGUGGAGGUGUCGAAAGAGGUGGUGACUUGGGGGGUGGAGGUGUCGAAGGAGGUGGUGACUUGGGUGGUGGAGGAGGCGUGGAUUUUGCAGGUGUCGGAGGAGGUGGUGACUUUGGCGGUGGUGGUGGCGGCGGAGGAGUGGGUGGUGGUGGUGUUGGAGGAGGUGGCGGUGGAGGAGGCGUGGGUGGUGGAGGUGUCGGAGGAGGUGGUGACUUGGGUGGUGGAGGUGUCGGAGGAGGUGGUGACUUUGGCGGUGGUGGUGGCAGUGUUGGAGGAGGUGGCGGUGGUGACUUGGGUGGUGGAGGUGUCGGAGGAGGUGGUGACUUUGGCGGUGGUGGUGGCGGAGGAGUGGGUGGUGGUGGUGUUGGAGGAGGUGGCGGUGGAGGAGGUGGUGACUUGGGUGGUGGAGGUGUUGAAGGAGGUGGUGACUUGGGUGGCGGAGGAGGCGUGGGUGGCGGAGGUGGCGGAGGAGGUGGUGACUUGGGCGGUGGUGGUGGCGGUGGUGGAGGAGAUCUUGGCGGUGGCGGUGGCGGUGGUGGCGUGGGUGGCGGAGGUGGCGGAGGAGGUGGAGACUUGAAAAACGGAGGUGGCAGUGGCCACCCAGGAUGGGGAGGCGUUUUGGGCGGUGGAGGGGGUGGAGACUUAUGGAUCCAUGGUGGAGGCAAAGGCUGCCACUGCCACCAUGGAGGAGGAGGAGGAGGAGGAUGAGAGUCGGGCGGCGGAGGAGAUUUCCCAGGAAGUGAAGUGUGUAUCGUAAUACCAAGGUUUUCGGUGGCUUCCGUCGGCAAGCUAAGAGAUGCUAUUGCCACCAGUAGAGUGGCAACCAAGGAGGCCAUUGAGGACCUCAUCAUGUUCUUCUCCAAGCUCGC